UCGGUCACUCGUCCUCGCUGCCCCGGCCGUCGUCCCCGAUGGGCGUCGCUCUGCUGCUCACCCUCGGGCUACUCGCCCAGAGCCUUGGCCUAUCCUGGGGGAUCCCUGGGCUGCAGCCCAGCACCCUGUACCCCUGGCGCAAGGGACCAGCCCCAGGCCGCGUACGGAGAGCCUGGGUCAUCCCACCCAUCAGCGUCUCUGAGAACUACAAACGCCUCCCUUACCCACUAGUCCAGAUCAAGUCGGACAAGCAACAGCUGGGUAGUGUCAUCUAUAGCAUCCAGGGGCCUGGUGUGGAUGAGGAGCCCCGAGAUGUUUUCUCCAUCGACAAGUUCACUGGGAGAGUAUUCCUGAAUGCCAUGCUGGACCGUGAGAAGACCGACCGCUUCAGGCUAAAGGCCUUUGCCCUGGACCUGGGUGGCUCCACGUUGGAGGACCCUACGGACCUGGAGAUAGUGGUUGUGGAUCAAAACGACAAUCGGCCAGCCUUCCUACAGGACGUAUUCACAGGCCAUGUGCUGGAGGGUGCCCCCCCAGGCACUUUCGUAACCAAGGCCGAGGCCACAGAUGCUGACGACCCCGAGACAGACAAUGCAGCGCUCCGUUUCUCCAUCCUGGAUCAGGGAGGCUCCGAACUCUUCACCAUUGAUGAGCACUCAGGAGAGAUCCGCACAGUUCAAGUGGGGCUGGACCGUGAGGUGGUUGCUGUGUACAACCUGACCCUGCAGGUGGCAGACAUGUCUGGAGAUGGCCUCACUGCCACAGCCUCAGCCAUCAUCUCCCUGGAUGACAUCAACGACAAUGCCCCUGAAUUCACCAGAAAUGAGUUCUUCAUGGAGACCGUAGAAGCCGCCAGUGGAGUGGAUGUGGGUCGGCUCGAGGUGGAGGACAGGGACCUUCCCGGCUCCCCAAACUGGGUGGCCAGGUUCUCUAUCCUGGAAGGCGAUCCUGACGGGCAGUUCACUAUCCGCACAGACCCCAGGACCAAUGAGGGCGUGCUGUCUGUGGUGAAGCCUCUGGACUAUGAGAGCCGCCAGCAGUAUGAGCUCAGAGUGUCUGUUCAGAAUGAGGCCCCCUUGCAUGCAGCUGCCCCUCGGGCCCAGAGGAGCCAAGCCAGGGUCAGUGUGUGGGUGCAGGACACCAACGAGGCCCCUGUGUUCCCGGAGAACCCGCUGCGGACCAGCCUGGCUGAGGGGGCCCCUCCAGGCACCUCUGUGACCACCUUCUCCGCCAGAGACCCUGACACCCAGCAGCUGCAGAGAAUCAGCUAUUCCAAGGACUAUGACCCCGAAGACUGGCUGCAAGUGGAUGGGGCCACUGGUAGGAUCCAGACCCAGCGAGUGCUGAGCCCUGCCUCACCCUUCCUGAAGGACGGCUGGUAUAGGGCCAUCAUCCUGGCCCUGGACGAUGCCUCCCCGCCCAGCACCGCCACAGGCACCUUGUCCAUUGAGAUCUUGGAAGUCAAUGACCAUGCCCCCUUACUGGCGGCUCCGUCACCCAGCAGUCUGUGUAGUGAGCCGGACCAGGGCCCGGGCCUCCUCUUGGGGGCCACGGAUGAGGAUUUGCCCCCGCACGGAGCCCCCUUUCACUUCCAGCUGAGCCCCAAGGUCCCAGAGCUGGGACGGAAUUGGAGCCUCAGCCAGAUUAACGUGAGCCACGCGCGCCUGCGGCCCCGCCAUCAGGUCCCCGAGGGCCUGCACCGCCUCAGCCUGCUGCUCCGGGACUCGGGCCAGCCGCCCCAGCAGCGCGAGCAGCCGCUGAACGUGACCGUGUGCCGCUGCGGGCCCGAGGGCUCCUGCCUGCCGGGCGCCGCGGCGCUGCGCGCUGGGGGCGCGGGCGUGAGCCUGGGCGCCCUGGUCAUCGUGCUGGCCAGCGCCGUGGUCCUGCUGCUGCUCGUCCUGCUAGCCGCGCUCCGUGCGCGGUUCGGGCGGCCGUCGCGGGACAAAAGUCUGUUGCACGGGCUCCAAGAUGACCUUCGGGACAACAUUCUCAACUACGACGAGCAAGGAGGCGGAGAGGAGGACCAGGACUCCUACGACAUAAGCCAGCUGCGCCACCCCGCGGAGCUGAGGGCACACAGCCGGGCUCUGGGACGGCCGCCCCUGCGCCGAGAUGCACCCUUUGGCCACGUGCCCCCGCAGCCACACCGAGCUCUGCCUACCAACCCCGCCGACAUCGCCAACUUCAUCAGUGAUGGCUUGGAGGCCGCAGACAGUGACCCCAGUGUGCCUCCCUAUGACACGGCUCUCAUCUAUGACUACGAGGGGGACGGCUCCGUGGCGGGGACGCUGAGCUCCAUUCUGUCCAGCCUGGUGGAUGAGGACCAGGACUAUGACUACCUGCAAGACUGGGGCCCCCGCUUUGCUCGGCUGGCAGACAUGUAUGGGCACCCGUGAAGUGGGACGUGCCACCUGGGCAUGACCGCCUGCACCCAAAUACUGAGUGCCUGACGGGGCACCCCAUCCACGGCCCCAUGGCAGAUAUUCUCACCAGGCUCCACCUCCCUGAGUCUCGGUGGAGGACUGAUUCUGGGGGGCGGAACCUGGAGCAUGGAGUGGGCGGUCAGAGGGAGCACCCUCCCGCUGGGCUCAGAGAGCCGCCGCCAGUGGCUACAUUGGGCUCACGCACCCGCACCCCACCUUUGUCUCCCAGCGGCAGUGCUUGCCUCUCCACAAAACCGGGAGCUCAAGGGUGAAUUACAAUUAAAAACACGUUAUUCUUA